GCAGCAUCUAGGCUUCUGCAGCACAGUCUGCGUCUGACCUUCUUUACUCAUGAACAUUGCACCCUCUGCCAACCCGUCAAAGAUGUUAUGAGCACAGUCUGGGAUCGUCGACCUUUCGGAUACGAGGAGAUCGAUAUUCUUGCCCCUGAAAAUAACAAGUGGAAGCAGCUAUAUGAGUUCGAUAUCCCGGUGCUACAUGUUGAUCGCACGUCCUCGUCAAAUGGGACGACCACCGCAGCCGCUCGCAAAUUGAAGCAUAGAUGGACGCAAGAACAACUCGAGAAAGUCAUGGACGAGGUUGAGAACAGCUGAUCGAUGACAAUUGUGCAAACAAUCUUCAUGCUACGCAUGAGAUAACCACGCAUCUUCGACUUUGUUGUGAGGCUACCUCCAAGUAUCAAACUCGUUUAUGGUACAAACGGAACUACAGAGGCGUAAGUGACAACGUCGCCGCUACCAUGUAGUCACGCCAUCAGGUCGACAAAUACGAGCACCAAAUUGCAUCAGGACUAGACAGACCAUGGCCAGUCCGAUCAGUAGUGGGAUGAAGCUGUCAGUCCUCACAUAGCAGAUGCUGGCUUCUACCCAUCAGACCCGAGAUAGAGUCAUCAGUCGCGCCACUCGAGCAUAAUUAGCAAGGAGUUCAUAGCAACAUUCAUGAAUUGACCUGUGCAUAGGAGGUAACUGCUUUCUCAAGGCCACAUGGCUCACGUCGUGGUCCAUUCCUUACAGCUGGUGUCGGCGGAGGCCUCCUGGCCGUUGCGUUUCCACUCGGAGCCUCCGGAUUCACCUGGCAGGACGAGAGUCGUGCUCUGUAGUGCGCCGUGCUGUAUCGGGAGCGGCAUCUGUGCCUGCACGCAUGAUCUCCUUCUGACACAGAGCGCUCGUCUUCCACUCAUCAUCCAGAUGAGCCGUUCGCGCUUGAGCCAAACGUUAUAAAUGUGUAUCCCGAGUGCCUUCAGCCAGAGCCGCUGCACCUCAGCCACCCCUUUGCAAUAUGGCGUUCAUGUGCGUCUGCGUGUUCUUGUACGUCGUGUCCAAGUAGUUCAACUUCUUUUCCAGAUUCGCAAUCUCCGUCUUGACAUCUGCAGCCUCUUUCGCCUGACGCUUCUUCACAUCUUCAGUCGUCGUAAGCACAAACAUCUUUCCCACUCCAUCAUAUACUGGAGUUUCCUUGGGUAGAGUAUCCAAUUCCACUGCGCUCAAUUGCAACAAUCGGCUUUCACGGUUCUUCGAGGUGAUUUGCCCGCGGACGAUCUGGAGUUGCUGGGAUGCGAAGGCGGCUUUCUGCUCGAUCUCUAGGAGGAGCUGCUGGAGCUUCUCGUUGGGGAUGGCCAUGAUUUGAUGCUGCGACAGCCUUCUCUCGCACGGGACGACGCUGGAGAGUGCGUUUUGUCGUUGAAGGUUCAGGAAGGUUGGGUAUGCGGGCUGUAUUCCGUGCUUGCUGGCUUUGCUUGCCUCCUGCUUGCCUGCUUGCUGCCUACCUUACUCUGCCUGCCGCGGCUCACCGUAUAUCAAUUGUGGCCUUGGUUUGAUCUGCUGACUGGACUGGGACCGUAUCGCCGCAUCAUCAACCAUUGUACAUUAAGUACAUGUAUUGCAGCUUCUCCCCGACCGCUACACAAAGACAUUCGCUGCCUGGCUGCCUGCACCACCGUCUACUCCAAGAACAUCAAGUGCAGUAGCUUGCACCGAUCCCGAACAUCCUUCGAUCUUUGUCCCCAGCCUUAAGUCCGAGCAUGGUAGCCUGGCUACCAUCUAUACCAUAUCCGCCCGCGCGGGACGAUGGGUACUGGGCUCCAAUCACGUCGACUUUGGACUGGUGUGAAGAGAACUACUAUGCAACGCAGUACUCUGCUGAGAUUGUGAACACCCUCACGAAUCUUCUUUUCGUUUAUCUGGCCUUCCGUGGCGCUAGAAACUGCAUACAACAUGGCCACGAUCAGAUCUUUUUGGUCACCUUCAUCGGAUACUUUCUUGUGGGCUCGGGAAGUUUUGCUUUCCAUUCAACUCUCAAAUACCCAUGGCAGCUGGUUGAUGAGCUCAGCAUGAUCUACACCACGUGUUUGAUGUGCUGGGCUACGUUCUCACACAAAAGGCAACGAUGGGUACAAAUCGCUAUUGGGCUCGGCGUAGCUGCGCUGGCCAUCUUUAUUACCCUGUACUACCACUACCUGCAGGAUCCAACAUUCCACCAGAACGCAUAUGCUAUCCUCACGAUUGUUGUGCUUGGCAGGAGCAUGUAUAUCAUGGAGAGGGACAUCCGUCCCUAUUUCCGAGGUCGUCAAGAGGAACAUGAGAGGAUGUUGCGGGACGCAUCAGUAUCUGGCGCCACGAGACUGAGAGAGCCAGAGAAGGAUGAUAGGGAUCGUUGGAUAUUGACGCAGAUGUGGACAAUGAUCAUCCUUGGACUUGCUAUGUUUCUGGGAGCAUUUGCAAUAUGGACUCUCGAUAAUGAGUAUUGUGGUACCCUUCGCAAAUGGCGUCACGAAAUCGGCCUACCCUGGGGCCUCUUACUCGAAGGACAUGGCUGGUGGCAUUUAGGUACAGGGACCGGCGCGUACUUUUACAUUGUGUGGGGUAUCUGGCUACGACACUGUUUGAAUGGUCGCGCAGACGAGUAUGAGCUGGAGUGGCCCAGCGUAUUCACAUCGCUGCCAGGCAUUGUUCGCAACAGAAAGCCAUUGCUCAACGGCUCGGCGAAGAAGUUGAGCUGAUUGGUAAGCUCGUGAGUACAUUGGUCGUAAUACAAGAUUAAAAAUCAGGCAUGUGAAAGCAGAACGAAAACAACAGUACCGCAUGAUUAGCCGACAAAAGUGCAGGCGCGGAUCCUUGGAGGUCCUCUGAGCUCUCCACCAGCAUGUGACGCUGUGCUGUGCUCUGCUACCUCCGUAUGGGUGGACUCCGAUCCACUGGCAGCUAGUUGACCGGACCGAGUCACGUACUGUGUACCCUGCAGUAGGCAGAGUGUCUAGGACGUCAGCCGGCGCGCACGUCCACCAUCGGCCCUUGGUGAUGGAAAUCACUCUUUCACAAUCCAUUGGGAUGUGGUCUGUUUGUGGGUGUGGUUUGCGCAGGCUGUGAAGAGAAUGUGAGAGUUGGCAGUACCUCCUAGUGUGCGAAUGAGCACAUUUACUUUG